AUGGACGCCGCGGAGGUCGCGGCGAAGGUAUGCGCCCUCGAGGCCGAGCUCGCCGCCACUUUCCCCCGCAUUGCCGACCUGGAGGCCCGGGUCUCGCUCCUCGAAGCCGAGAACGCGCGCUGGAGGAAGGCCAUGCCCAGUGGGGAGGUCUCCGGUCGAUUGGUGGAGGGUUUGGGCGGCCCCAAGCGAAAAACAGUCCAGGCGGUGGGAGUACCCGGCCUGGCGUAUGCUUCUUUUAACGAGGUCGGUGACGGCGAGGAAGAGGGGGUCGCCGCUGAUGCCGGCAACGGGAGGAGCGGCGAGGAGGAUGGCGUUCCCGCGGUGCCGACCCCUAGGAAGCGUGCAUUGCUUAGAAUAAUUGACAGUGAUGAGGAGGAUGACGAGACAGAAGGGCGCCCUGCACCCACCAUAAGGCGCUUGACUCGCUUAGCGGAAAAACAGUCGAAGAAAGCACGAGUCGAACCCAAUGAUCAUGAAGAGAGCGAGGAUGGUUCGGGACAAGAUGGUGAUAUGGGUGAAUCUAAAAAUGAUGCAGAUUGUUCAGAAGAUUCUGACAGCGAGCAGAUGGAUUACACCUUGCUGAAGGAUGUGACCCUGGCUUCAAACAACCAGGUGAGGAUUCGAGUCAGAAUAACGCGCAUUUCGCAUUACAUGGGCAAGUAUCAACCAAGAGGAAUUCCGCAGGUUGAUUUUGUGAUGCUCGAUGAGCAGGGGGGUAUGAUGGACGGUCAAGUACCUGCGUGGCUUGCACAGCUCUUUUUGCAACGCAUCAAGGAGGAUGAUGUGUAUUACAUACACCACUUUAAGGUUGUCCACCCUAGUCUGCCCUAUAGGGCUGUUGAUCAUCCUUGCAUGGCAAUGUUCACGAGGGACACAGAGAUAAGCAAGGAUGAACACGUGUCUGAUAGUUUUCCGGUGUAUGCAUACAAGAUAUCGCCUUAUGAAGUCCUCCGAUCACGUGAAAACAACACAGCUCUAAUGUCUGAUGCCAUUGGUCUUAUGCUGGAAGUUUCAAAUGUGAAAGCUGUUAUUGUCAACGGUGCACCUCGGGCAGUCCGUAACGUGUACAUAAGCGAUGGCAGAGAGACGGCCGCUGUUGCUUUGUGGGAGGCACAGGCAAAUCAAUUCCCAGCCGAGAUUCUGCAGCAGCAGAUGCAGCAAGGACCAGUUGUCAUUCUCUUUGUUGCCGUGACUGUCAAGCUGCGUGAAGGCCAACUGUGUUUGCAAGGAAGCAAAGUCUGUAGGUGGUAUCCCAAUGCUCCUAUUCCAGAAGUUUUAGCUUUGCAGAACAGUUCUGCUGGAGUUUCACAUGAGGCCAGAUUGGUUGACACAUCACCAACACAGACCCAGACGUGCAUGGCAGGGCUUUCUUCUGGAUGA